UACUUCCUCUACUACGCAGUAUUUUUUUCAUUUACUGCGCUUGUCUUUGUCCUCAGCCAGUGUCGUUACUGUCCGUCCCCGAGGUCGAGCUGAGCGGCCAGAUCCCCCCCACCCCCCCCUCAUCCCCAUGCCACCCAAAAGAGGCGCAGGAACGACUCCAGCACCACAGCCGCCAAUGAAGAUGAUAAAGGUCACGGGUGCACAGGAGUUUGGCUGUGAUCCAGAGGAGGACAAGUACGUGCUGCCCGAAGAGUCCAACUACUCACCGUUCCCAAACAACGAGAAUGACACCAUUGAAUUUGACGAAGAACAUGUCGCAAGUCCCGGCAUCAGGACGGACACCAUCAGUCUCCUCAUGAAAAUAGAGCAGCUGCAGGCGCAACUCAAAUAUGAGCGCAGGUGUCGAAUUUUGGCCGAGAGAGAACUGAGGGAGCUGAAAGAGAUGAACAGUCUCAUGAUGCAGAUGAGGCACACGGCACAUGAAUUGCAGGUCACCCUGGAUCACGUUCUCCAUGGAGGCGAGGUGGGAGUUGCACCGCAGAACUCUCAAGACGAAAACAUGUCUUUCCUGCCUGAGCCUGAGAUGGAGAUGAGAGCAGUUCAUAAUAUCCCAGAGGACGACCAAAACUAUCUGUUUCUCUCUGAGAAUCUCCGAGUGCCGAAAAAUCUCUAUGAGCGCAUUGCAGAGAUCGGAGACUACAAGAAGUACACUUCAGCGCUGCUGAUGAUACUUUUUGACAGAGAGACCUUGGCCACGCACUCUCUGCAGGGCCGGAGGAACACCUUCACAGGAGAGGAUUGCCACAAGCCUCAACUACCGCCUGAGAUCCUCAGAAGUAUAAUUGAUCAUGUGACAGUCAAGUUUGGUGUUGAUAGCAGCCAAAUCAAAACCGCAAUCCGCACAAAGUUGAAUAAUGAGGACAAACUAUUAAAGAAGAGGCUGGGUUUGGGUAAACCUGAAAACAAAGCGACAGUUGAUCAAAGCUUUUGCCAAGAUGCAUCACUCCUGCCUGAAAAUGAAGCGGUUAAAAAUGACUCCCGCUUAUAGCAUUUCACAUCUGCAUUUAUUUGUGGGUUUGUUGGUAUUAAUGUCUGAUAGAAAUGUGUGAUUGAUUACCUUUCUUAAUCCACAUCUAGUUUAUUCACUUAUGGAAUCUAGUGCUUGUAGUCAAUUUUUUUUAACCUUUUUUUUUCAGAAUUCUUUGUUUGUCUAUUGUUCUGUAUGUUCAAAAAGUGUUACGUUUAACCUGGUGACUCAACCAAGCCAUCGAGCUGCUCCAUAGAAUGUCAUGUGUAAGCAACAAUUAAACGUUUGUAGUUAAUCUGAGGCAGCAGGUGACUGUGUCACUGUUUAUGAAGUAGAUCUUUGUCAAACAUACAUGUACCACAUUUUAAUCAGUUGGCCUUUGUGUGUUUGAAAGUAGGAAAUCUUUGAAAUGUUUAAUAUAAUAGAGAUCUCGUUUGUAUUUUGUCGUUCUUUACAAAAUGUGCAAUUGCAUCAAGUGAUAUUGUUUUUCCAGAAAAAAAUCUUUUGGGAGUUUUAGAAUAAGCCAGGAGUGUUAAUAAUAAUCCUGCUUCUGCAACACAUCUACUACUCUACGUGUCUGUUUGUUGUGCUUCACUAUGUAAGGGGCAAUAAACGUUUGGAACAGAUUUCCCUCCA